AUGGUGUCUUCACCACAAGUUGCCAUUGAUACAGUGUUAGUGUUGUCUAUAUUGUUUUUUUUUUCUUCGAAUUUCGUUCUUUUCGCUUCUGGUUUUUCGAAUACUUCCACUGAUGCAAAACAACUAAAUGAAGAAGUAGAAGCUUUGCUGAAAUGGAAAACAACUCUCGUUAACGGAACUCAAUGUCUCCUCCCUUCUUGGAAGACUGGAAUGAACCCAUGCAAGUGGGAUGGAAUAACUUGCAACGGCAAAGGAAGCGUAACGAAGUUAAAUAUAUCCGGUUAUGGUUUACAAGGUACACUCAAUGAUUUCAACUUCACACCUUUCUCAAACGUUGUUAGUCUUGACUUAAAAGAGAAUGAACUCUAUGGAUUCAUUCCAUCUCAAAUUGGUCAUCUUUCAAAACUUAUUCACCUUGAUCUUUCCAUCAACCAGUUUUACGGAUACAUUCCGCAAGAAAUAGGAAAACUAAAUUCUCUUACUACCUUGCACUUAAACAACAAUAGCCUCUCUGGCUCAAUCCCUACUUCUAUAUCCAAUUUGACCACCUUAACUAGCUUAGCACUCAACAGAAACCACCUCUCUGGCAGCGUUCCGCAAGAUAUAGGAGCGUUAACAAAUCUUACAGAUUUAGAUAUAUCCACCAAUAAUCUCACCGGUUCCAUCCCUGCUUCUUUGGGCAAUUUGAGCAAUUUAGUUACCUUGAUCCUAUUCAGAAACCAACUGUCCGGUUCGGUACCGCUUGAAAUAAACAAUCUAACCCGGUUGCGGAAACUUGAUUUCUGCAUUAACAAUCUUUCCGGUUAUUUACCUCAAGAUAUAUGUCAAAGUGGUAAACUAGAAGAAUUUGCAGCAGUUAGCAACAAAUUUACUGGUCCUAUACCGAGAAGCUUGAGGAACUGUACCAGCUUAAGAAGACUCCGUCUGGACAACAACAAAUUAGUCGACAACAUAUCGGAAGCUUUUCAUGUGUAUCCGGAACUAUUCAGGUUUGGAGUGGGUAACAAUAUGCUGUAUGGCGAAAUUUCGAAAGACUGGGGUGAGUGUCAAAAUUUGCAAUGGUUGUAUCUAUCUGGUAACAAGAUUACGGGUAGAAUACCUGCGGAACUUGGCAAGCUGGAGAAGUUGAAUCUACUUUAUCUGGACUCGAAUCAUUUAUCAGGGGAAAUUCCAAGCAGUUUGUUCCAAUUGUCUUCGUUGAUCAACGUAAACUUGAGUAACAACCAGCUUUCGGGGAAACUGCCGCUGACAGUUGGAGAGUUAUUCAGCUUACAGUUUCUCGACCUGUCAAACAAUAAGUUAGUCGGACCGAUACCGGAACGAUUUGGAGAAUGUACAAGUUUACUCUACUUGAAUUUAAGCAGUAACAAUUUGAGUGGAAGCAUUCCUUUUCAAAUUGGAAACUUAGAUUCAUUAUCAGUUGCACUGGAUCUGAGCGGAAAUGAGAUUACCGGAGAGAUACCACCAGAACUCGGAAAGCUAACCAAGUUGGAAUCGUUAAAUCUAUCUCACAACAAGCUUUCGGGUUCCAUUCCAUUGUCAUUCGACAGUAUGCUUAGCUUGACGUCCGUUGAUGUUUCGUCCAAUGAGUUAAGUGGUUAUGUGCCAAACAUUGCAGCUUUUGAGGCAGCUCCUAUUGAUGCACUGAAAAACAACAAAGCUCUAUGCGGUGAGAACUUUAAAACCUUAGAACCAUGCAGUUCUGUGGUGAACAAGAGAAGGAAAUCGUCUGACAAACGUGUGACCGUAAUCAUCGUACUUUGCUUUUUUCUCACAUUAUUUCUUUUAUUAGCCUUGCUUGGGAUCGUUUUCUACUUUCGCAAAAAGGUAGUGAGAAAUGUAGAUAGCGUGACUGACAGAGAAGGGAAAAGUGAAAGGAGAAACUUAUUCUCUAUAUGCAGUUUCAAUGGAAGAAUAGUGUUCGAAGACAUCAUUGAAGCAACAAAGGAUUUCGAUGCUAAAUAUUGCGUUGGGACGGGCGGUUCUGGGAGUGUUUACAAAGCAGAGUUGUCAACAGGUCAGGUUGUUGCUGUGAAGAAGCUUCAUUCAUCUGAUGCUGAUUCUGAAAUAGCUGAUGUCAAGUCUUUCGAAAGUGAGAUUCGUGCAUUAACAAAAAUUCGACACCGGAAUAUAGUGAAGCUUUACGGGUAUUGCUUUUACACAGAAAAACAACUUUCAUUUCUUGUAUAUGAGUAUUUAGAGAGGGGGAGUUUGGCAAAUAUUUUAAGAGACAGCGAACAAGUAGCGAGCUUUGACUGGAUCAAGAGGGUGAAAUUUAUCAAGGGUAUGGCUAACGCAUUAUCAUACAUGCACCAUGACUGCACACCCCCGAUAGUUCAUAGAGAUAUAUCAAGCAAUAACAUCCUCUUGGAUUCUGAUUACGAAGCUUGUGUCUCCGACUUUGGUAUUGCUAGGACUUUGAAACCUGAUUCAUCUAACUGGACUUCACUUGCAGGAACUUAUGGUUACGUUGCUCCAGAGCUAGCCUAUACAAUGAAGGUAACAGAGAAGUGUGACGUAUACAGUUUUGGAGUGGUAACAUUGGAAGUACUAUUUGGAGCACAUCCAACCGAAUUCAUCUCAUCAUCAUUUACUCUUUCAUCUGCAUCAUCAUUAUCUUCGCCUUCCGAAAUUUUCAUUGACCAGAGUAUGUUGUUGAAAGAUGUACUUGAUCCACGUCUUGAAGCACCAGAGGAUGAUGUUAUCGCGAACGAAAUUAUGCACAUUGUGAAGUUUGCGUUUUUGUGUGUACAUAAGGAUCCACAAACUCGGCCGACUAUGCAAGAAAUAUCCACAGAGCUAUCAUCAGCUCGUAGUAGACCGAACUUCCCGUCGCCUUUCCAGACGAUCACAUUAGGCCAGCUAGUAUUGUAAUAGUUUUCCUAUAUAUAUAUAUACAUGUAAUUAAAUAGUAAAGAGAUAAAAUAAAACCCUUGUUUAUAA